CCCAGACGCCCAGUGCACAUGCGGUCGCCAGCGAUCUGCCCCCACCGGACCUCCCAUCUGCGCUCGCUGCGAGCCUGCGAGCACGCACAAAAGGAGAAGCCAAAAGCGCCUCCCCGGACCGAACGAACGCCCGCAAAGCAAAAUCCCCCGGCCCCGUUGUAUUCUUCUCCCUGGCUGCUUGGCCUCCCCACCGCCCACCGAUAACCGGCUUCGCGAGCGAGUAGCAGCGGUAGAUCGGUUAUUACCUACCCACGUAAAUCCACCCGCAAAACAGCUCGCCGCAACUUUUUGGCUGGAUUUGGUUCAUUCCUUCCUUCGUUGCCAUCCACUCCUUGCGGCACCGGUGUGCGCGCUCCUGAGUGUUCUCGCUUUUGCUGAGACAGGCGCGCGGCCCCGGCGAGGGUUCUUGAAUCUUCUGAAAGGAGGAGGGAGGGAAGGGAAGAUGGCAUAUAUGGCGGGGAGGUGGCGGUGCCUGCUGGCCGUGGCCGUCGCCGCGGUGCUGUCGGCGGCGGGCGGUGCCGGGGCGCAGGAGACGUGCUCGGGGGCGGUGCCUGCCCCGCCCAAGCGCGGGGAGUGGGUGUCCGUGGCCAGCUUCGGCGGCGCGGGCGACGGCCGGACGCUCAACACGGCGGCGUUCGCGGCCGCCGUCGCGAGCAUCGAGCGCCGCCGCGCGCCCGGUGGGGGGUUGCUGUACGUGCCGCCCGGGGUGUGGCUCACGGGCCCCUUCAACCUCACCUCGCACAUGACGCUCUUCCUCUCCCGCGGCGCCGUCAUCCGCGCCACACAGGACACGUCGAGCUGGCCGCUGAUCGAUCCGCUGCCGUCAUAUGGGAGAGGGCGUGAGAUGCCCGGCAAGAGAUAUAAAAGUUUGAUCCAUGGCAAUGGACUUCAGGAUGUUUUCAUCACAGGUGCGAAUGGCACUAUCGAUGGACAAGGUAGUGUGUGGUGGGACAUGUGGAAGAAAGGCACAUUGCCCUUCACAAGACCCCAUCUACUUGAGCUGAUGGACUCAUCUGAUGUUAUUGUCUCCAAUUUGGUAUUCCGGGAUUCACCAUUUUGGAACAUCCAUCCAGUUUACUGCAGCAAUGUGGUGAUCAGAAAUUUGACUAUAUUGGCUCCCCAUGACUCGCCCAACACUGAUGGAAUUGAUCCAGAUUCAAGCAGCAAUGUCUGCAUUGAGGAUUGCUACAUAUCGACGGGAGAUGACCUGGUCGCCAUCAAGAGUGGCUGGGACGAAUAUGGCAUAGCCUAUGGUCGCCCCAGCUCGGACAUCACUGUCCGGCGGAUAACAGGGUCCUCCCCUUUUGCCGGCUUUGCUGUCGGGAGCGAGACCUCAGGCGGCGUGGAGAACGUCCUCGCAGAGCACCUAAAUUUUUUCAGUUCAGGGUUUGGGGUCCACAUCAAGACCAACUCCGGCAGGGGAGGGUUCAUCCGGAACGUCACAGUUUCGGACGUGACCUUGGACAAUGUUCGUUAUGGUCUGAGGAUUGCUGGUGAUGUCGGUGACCAUCCCGACGAGCACUACAACCACAAUGCGCUCCCCAAGGUGGACAGCCUGACAAUAAAGAAUGUUCAGGGCCAGAACAUCAAGGAGGCUGGGUCGAUCAAGGGCAUUGCGAGCUCGGCGUUCUCCCGGAUCUGCCUGUCGAACAUUAAGCUCCACGGCAGCGUGCCGGUACGCCCGUGGAAAUGCGAGUCUGUUAGCGGUGGCGCGUUGGACCUGCAACCGUCCCCGUGCACAGAAUUGACUAGCACGUCAGGGACGAGCUUCUGUACGAAUUCGCUCUGAUGCUGAACUAAGUUUUGCAGUCCAACACCAAAAUGUUAUCUCCCCUUUACCAUAUAUUUCUUCAUUCUUUUCUUCAGAAACAAGGAACCUUGUACUUAGGAUCCCCGGAAUCGGUGGUUCAGUAUCUUGUUCACAAAGCUGUUCAGUUAUUCUGUCUCAGGAACUCGCGUUUAGCUAUUCUACAUUUUAACA